CCUUUGUAAAUAACUAGAUGUACAGUUGUGAGUAGCUGUUACGAUAGUUUAGCAUGAACGUAGUCUUUUCGCUAUGGAUUCUAGAUAUUGGUUUGUAAUUUUAGCUUUUGUGUUCCUGAUCCUGUAUUUGUUGGUCAAAAAUUCUCAAUAUUUUCAUUUCAAACUGAAAUAUUUCGCAUAUAAUUGCUCACUGAUUUUGCUACCGUUGUAUGGACUAUUUGUUGGACUUCUCCGGCCUGGAAACCCAGAUAAUUUUCACAGAUUUGCAGGAACUAUAUUGUACUUGGCAACCAGGAUGUUCAAUAUUACUGUAGCGACAGAAGGAACAGAACACCUAGACAGAGACAAAAUCAAAAGCAACUUUAUAAUCGUCUCCAAUCACCAAUCCUCUUUGGACAUGUUCUGUAUUAUGAAGCUGUGCCCACAUGAUACAACAUUUGUAGCAAAAAAGGAACUCAUUUAUACACCGAUAUUUGGUCAGGCUGCCUGGUUGUGUGGGACAGUUUUCGUUGAGCGAAAAAAUGCAAGGAGUGCUCGAGGGGCAAUGGAUAGUGCGGUAAAACGGAUCAAGUCUGAAAAAAUGAACUUGUGGAUUUUUCCAGAAGGAACAAGGCGGCAAGUAGGAACUCUGCUUCCAUUUAAAAAGGGAGCAUUUCAUGUGGCACAGCAAGCACAGAUUCCAAUUAUCCCCGUUGUUGUGUCUAACUAUGAUGAUAUAUUCAGCAAGAAAACUUUAACAUUUAAAUCAGGCACUAUUAAAGUAACAGUUCUUCCACCAGUAUCUACUGAAGGAUUAAYGCCAGAUGAUGUCACUGAUCUGACUGAUAAAGUUCGUCAACAAAUGCUUGAAGUAUUUCAUAAGAAGAUUCCAAAUGAAAAUACUGAGAAUGAGUUAAAAGAAAAAUCAGACUGAUGAAAAGAACUAUGGACAAUUUUAUUUAGAUUUCCUUAAAAUGCUCAUGAAGCAAUUUYUUAAUUUUGAAAACAGAAUCAAUAUAAAGAGAAUAAUGGCUUGGCAAAGUGCCACUGGAUGCAGACUUCAAAUUUCAGAGAAAGUUGUUUUUCMAAAUCUAAUAUGAUGAUAUCAAGUGAUGGGCUCAUAAACUUAACUGAUUGUUUAUUUUCACCUUACGUUAUUGUUUUUAAAAGUCAAAAAUAUUUUUUGGGCUACCAAUAACAAUCUUUCACAGUUUGGUAAAUUUAAGAGCACUCAAGAUAAAACAGCUUAACUUUGAUAAAGAACAUCAGAUGACAUCAUAUUCAAAUAAUAUCAUAAUCAUGGAUUUUAWMUCCAAUUUUCUCUGAAAUUAACUUGAAGCCUGCAGCGAGUGGUGCUUAGCUAAGCUGUUAUUCUUGUUGUAAUGACUCUAUUUUUCAAUUUAAAAAAAAUAUUGUUUCAAAAGCACUUAUUAAAAAUUUAAUAAUUUUAAGAAAUUGGGACCUCAAAUGUGUGAAAUUGCUUUGUACAUUGGUGUCACGGGACAAGMUGUAAAAAGAUUUUUUUGAUUAUAAUUUGAUUGUAUAAUCUAA